AUGUGUCUGUCAUUUAGAGCAAACGGAAAUAUCAUUCUUGUGUUUGGCAGUGCUAAGAUUUAACAAUGCCGAUCGAAAAUUUAGAAGACCAGGGUUUGGAGAAAAACCCGGAUUUGGAACUUGCUCACUACAAAUUCCUAUUAAGCUUACCUGAAUCUAGGAGCGACAAAAAUGUUCACUCAAAAAUUACGGAAGCCAUCAAGAAAGACAACAUGGCUCCUUGGUACGAACUGAUUUGCCAAGAAGAUGGCUGGAAACUUGACGAUAAAUUAUUGAGCGCUUUAAAAGCAAAAAAUGAAGAGGACUUGAAGAAGCUGAAUGAUGCUAUUGAGGAUGCAGAGAAAAACCUUGGCGAAAUGGAAGUUAGGGAAGCGUAUUUACGCAAAGCCGAAUACUACAGCCGAAUCGGUGACAAAGAAAAUGCCGUCAGCACUUUCAGGCAGACCUACGAUAAAACUGUGUCGUUAGGGCAUCGGCUUGAUAUAAUUUUUCAUUUAAUCAGGAUUGGUUUGUUUUUUAUGGAUCAUGAUUUGAUAACCAGGAAUAUAGAGAAGGCCAAAAGCUUGAUUGAGGAAGGAGGUGAUUGGGAUAGAAGAAACCGCCUCAAAGUGUAUCAAGGCGCAUAUUGUAUGUCAGUUAGAGACUUCAAAACUGCCGCCAACUUGUUUUUGGAUACCGUCAGUACUUUUACAUCUUACGAACUCAUGGAUUAUAAAGCUUUUGUAAGAUAUACAGUCUACACUUCAAUUAUCAGUCUUCCCAGAAAUCAAUUGCGUGAUAAGGUGGUUAAGGGCUCUGAAAUUUUGGAAGUUUUGCAUUCAGAACCGUUUGUAAAGGACUAUCUGUUUUCUUUAUACCAUUGUCAGUAUGCAGAGUUUUUCAGCAACUUGGCAAAGGUGGAGGAAAUUCUCCGGAAAGACUACUUCUUAAAUCCGCAUUACCGUUAUUACAUCCGUGAAAUGAAAAUAUUAGCGUACACUCAACUGUUGGAAUCUUAUCGCAGUCUCACCUUGCAAUAUAUGGCCGAAGCCUUCGGAGUGACCAUCGACUUCAUUGAUGAGGAGCUUUCCACUUUUAUAGCCACUGGUAGGCUGCAUUGCAAAAUCGAUAGGGUCGGCGGAAUCGUCGAAACCAACAGGCCCGACUUGAAGAACGCUCAGUUCAAUUCGGUCGUCAAACAGGGGGACCUGUUACUGCAACGGGUCCAAAAAUUGUCCAGAGUUAUUAACAUUUAAAUCGUAUUUAUCUUUUAUAUAAAUUUAGGAGUGUAGACAUUUUGAAACGUUGAAAAUAAAUAUUAAGCUCAAGAUUGUUUUUCUCAAUUG